AUGCAGUACCGCAUCGACGAGCUUAAUGAAAAGACAUACACAUACAAUUACACAUUGGUUGGGGGUGAUUCUUUAGUAGAUAAGCUCCAGAAAAUAACUUACGAGAUCAAGUUCCAGCAGUCACCCGAUGGUGGUUCUAUCUCUAAGGUGACCAGCAAAUACUACACAGAUGGUGAUUUUGCACUCGAUGAAGAGGAAAUCAAGGCAGGCAAGGAAAAGGUUUGGGCAAUGUACAAGGUUGUCGAAGCCUAUCUCCUUCAAAAUCCCGAUGCCUAUGCCUAA